AUGGAGCCUAUUUCCAAUCCCGAUCUUGCCGCUGAAGUCGAGCACGACGCAAUCUUCACUACUGAAUACAAGCUUGAACAAAUCCACAGAUCUAAAAUAAUAACCCAAAAACCACAGGCCAAAGGAAAGGGAAGGCGCGAGGAAUGCAAGAAAGAAGACUGGGAAUGUGGACCUGGAGAGAAGGAAGAAAGACGAUCGUAUCUCACAAAAUAUUGA